CCCCUCUCUCCCUUCCUUCACAUUUCACAGAGGCCCCUCCUUCGUUGCUGGCAAAAUGGCAAACUCCGCAUCUGGAAUGGCUAUUCAUGAUGAGUGUAAGCUGAAGUUCAUGGAACUAAAAGCGAAAAGAAGCUACAGAUUUAUUGUGUUCAAGAUUGAGGAAAGUAUUCAGAAAGUGACAAUAGAGAAGCUGGGGCAACCUCAGCAAAAUUAUGACGAUUUCAUUGCCAGUUUGCCGGCCAACGAGUGUCGAUAUGCUGUCUAUGAUUUUGAUUUCACAACUAAUGAGAAUGUCCAAAAGAGCAAAAUUUUCUUUAUUGCAUGGUCUCCUGAUGUAUCAAAGGUGAGAAGUAAAAUGAUGUAUGCUAGCUCAAAAGACAGAUUCAGGAGAGAGCUUGAUGGGGUUCAAGUGGAGUUGCAAGCUACAGACCCAAGUGAGAUGAGCUUUGACAUUGUUAAAGCUCGCGCCCAUUAAACAGCAAUCUUUGAUUAAUUAUAAUCUUCAUGCUUUUAGGGGGCCUCUUUUUUGUUGCCUAGUGAGAUGACCUUGAAGGGUUCACUUCUAAAUUAGUUGUUCCUUGUUAGUAGAAUUGGUCGGGUUAGAGGCUGCUUCUAUUCCCAAGUGAACUUAAUUAAUUUCCUGGAAUAUGAUGAUGAUGUGUGGGGAUAUAUCCCUACCCUUUUGUAUAGGGAUUUUUCUGUUUGUAUUUGAUUUAUUGUAUAUUCGAGAUAUAAAAUAUACGACGAAACUCACAUAUUAAACAUAUAUUCUAAUAUAUGUAUUGAAUUUAUA